UGCCGAUCAAGAUUGCUUGAGAGCCGGUCUCUACCUCUCGCAACAAUGCGUUUACUUGUCGUCCUAGCGGCGACGAUCUCGCCUGCAUUGGCGUUCUGGCGUUUGCCAUGCCGCGGCCGCGUGGGGCUCGGCCCUAUCGAUCCCAUCGUCAAUCCUGGAAAACGCUCCGGUCAUGUUCAUGCGCUCCACGGAGCUGGGAAUCUUGGCUUGACCAAUACAUAUGACGAGCUCAGGGCAUCUGAAUGCACAUCCUGUGAAGUGAUUGAGGAUAUGUCCCUGUAUUGGGCGCCGGCACUGUACUUUGAGCAUCCGGACAAAUCUACAGAGUUGGUUAAACAGGUUGGUGGAAUGCUCGUGUACUACCUUCAACGGCACGAGCCUGGAGAGAAAGUCCAUGCGUUUCCCCCUGGUCUGAGAAUGCUUGCCGGCAGCAAUCUCCAACGCAACUUCACAGACGCUCAAAAAAACAUUGGAUUUACUUGCUUGAACUACGACAAGCACCCCGAACCUUACCACAUUCCUCACAAGUUGCCCGAUAAAAAUUAUAUCGAUACCAAUUGCAAGCAUGGCAUCCGUUCCGAAAUCUUCUUCCCUUCCUGCUGGGAUGGAGUACGGACUGAUUCUCCCAACCACAAAGACCAUAUGGCCUAUCCAAGUCGCAUCGAUAAUGGCUUCUGCCCCCCCGGCUACCCCAUCCGGCUGGUGUCUAUAUUUUUUGAGACGAUUUGGGAUACCAGCGCCUAUAAAGGGAAGGCUGGAAGAUUUGUUUUUUCUAAUGGUGACCCCACAGGGUAUGGCUAUCAUGGCGAUUUCAUGAAUGGUUGGGAUGAGAAAUUCCUCCAGAAGGCCGUGGACGAAUGCACCAGCAACUCUGGAACUGUGCAGGAUUGUCGCCAAUUUACUCUUCAGAAAGACUCCGUGCAGAACAAGUGCAAGAUGCGCACUCCGCCAAUGCUUGAAGGCGAGAGCUUCGACCGGCGCGCGAAUGGACUGCCAGAAAAUGUUCCCAUUUCAGACGGCCCCGGCUACGCAAAGCCGGGCACUCCACCCUCAGAAGAUCCAGAUAAGCCAUCGCCGUCUCAAGGUUACCCUCAACCGUCCCCGACUGCAACCACUUCGUCUGUAGAGGAGGCCCCCUCAUCGUUCCCAACCCAGCCUCCUCCGCCCGUGGAAACCGAGCCACCAGCUGGUGAGGAUCCGGACACCAAUGAGCCUCCCGCCGACGACAAGCCCGGCAAUGAGCCGCCUACCGAUGAUAAGCCAGGCAAUGAACCGCCAACUGAUGACGAGCUAGGCAAUGAACCACCUGAAGAUGACGAUUCCGAAUGCGAAGCACCGACCGACUACCCCCAUUCCGAACUACCAGAGCCCAGCCAGCCGCCCGUUGUCAAACCAGUCGACCCACAGCCCACCGACGGGCCACUCCCGUCCGAAACAGAGGCACCCGGCUACUCAACAGUCGAUCACCCUUCCGGUUCACAACCCCAGAUAACCGAUGCGCCCGAUGGCGAGUGCCCCGCCGGAAAGGUCGUGGCAACGAGCUGGUCCACCAACGGCAACUCGGUGUACAAGAUUAAUUACUAUGAGCAAUUUGUUGUAACGACCAUCACAGCAGCCGCGGCAGCUGCUGAGACCGCUGCGCCUGAGGCUGGUAGUCGCAAACGGGACCAUGUCCGUAUGCAUAAGAGGCAUGCCCAUCGUCAUUAGUUUUACACCUUUCCGGUAGCUUGAGCGUCCGUUUUUGUUUUAUAUAACAUUUUCAAUUCUUGAGGCUCAGCGUGUCUUGUGGCCCCCGGCCUUGGGGUUCCUUGCGGAAUGGUUCCAUAAAAAACUGAAUAAUUUGCCAUGGUGAAUGUAUCUUAUCCUACAUGAUCUUGAAGUACUCAGGUAGUGCUAGCCAAGGAAAAAAAAAUUAAAAAAAUUAGAACAUGAUAUCAGGCCAACAUUCCAG